AACACUUGAGGCCACUUCCUCCAGCAUGACUGUGGCAGACGCGUUGUGUCAGAUCACAAUCGGCUGUGACUGUGGCUCCGGGGGCCCGUUUGUGCUUCUAAAAACCCGCUCUGUCUCCAUCUGCUGGAGGGACGCGUUGGACUGACCAGUAUCGAGGCUCGACCGACUUGACAGGCAGCCAAAACAGCUCGCAGAGGCCCACAUUUAUUUACCCUGCGACUGGGAAUUUGCCGGAUUUGGGAUUGACACACUGAAGGCAUGCGCGCCUCGGGGAUUUCACCCGCUUCCCACAUUUCUACGCGUUGGUGAACAUUCGCUUCCCCCUCCGCGUCCGCCCGAGAGCAGCGGAGAGCAGAGCCCCGCUGUCCCGUGGAAUCAUCACGGCGCCGAGGCGAGACACGCAUGGAACAUGGCUGCUAUGAGGACUUUAACGGUGGCGGGUCUCAUUUUGGCGUUUUGCGCUCUGGGGCUGAUCGCCGUGGCCAUCAGCACCGACAACUGGUACGAGACGGACGCGCGGAGGCACCGGGAACGCUGCAAGAAUUAUUCCAACAAAAGAAACGACCCCGGCUACAUUUACAUCUCCAACAACAACCUCCCGCUUCGCAUGUUGCCGAAGGAAAGAAACGCGGAGAAGCGGAGCGGCGACGUGCUGCUGCGGGCCAAGCGGCACUUCUUGCCUCCUGCCGCGGCCAUGGAGUCCCUCUGCAAUCGGCAAUUCAACUCCACCGUAACCGGACUGUGGCAAAAGUGCCACCGGGGGGGGUUCGACCUGGAGAUAGAGGAUCUGAUCUUUAAAGGUUUGGCUUUCCUACGAAUCGAUUGGUCCGAUCGCUGCACACCAAUAAAAUACUACUACGCAUCCGCAGCGUUGCCCAGAAACCUGCCAAUCAAUCUGACGAAGACAAUAAGGCAGGAUGAGUGGCACGCGCUACACCUCCAGAGGAUGACGGCAAGUUUUGUGGGCAUGGCCGUGUCCAUCAUCCUGUUUGGCUGGAUCAUAGGCGUGCUGGGCUGCUGCAAGGAGCAUGAUCUGAUGCAGUAUGUGGCCGGACUUCUUUUCCUCAUGGGAGGGACAUGCUGCAUUAUCUCCCUGUGCACAUGUGUGGCUGGGAUCAACUUUGAACUGUCCCGCUACCCCCGCUACAUGUUUGGAAUACCAGAGGACAUCAGUCACGGUUACGGCUGGUCCAUGUUUUGUGCUUGGGGUGGACUGGGCCUGACGUUGCUGGCUGGCUUCCUGUGUACACUGGCUCCUUCUCUCUACCCGCCACACACCCCCGUGGUGCACAAGCCCAGGCAGGAGAACGGCUGUGUGUGACACGCCGCCGCACAUUUAACAGACACCUGUCUCCUCCCGAAGCAGCGGCGAGCCCUGACGCUCAGACAAUAACACCCGGGGACUCAGAGCAGAGAGAGCCUUCACGAAAACAAAGCACAGGGGCCGGGCUCUCGCUCACGUGAAAACGAAAAGGAGGUGACCUUUGACUGACGGCGAUUUCAGUCCCUCUGGUGCUUUUUUCCUAUCCCUCUUUAUGAAUGAACUGUUCAGUGUUAAUUGCUUGCUCUUCAAGAGGACAACGGUUAUUCCAAUUUUCCUCCUGUAAAAUCUGCUUAAAAAAAGAGAAAAAGAAAGUCUGGCAGGCAAUGAAUGGCACAACUUUGAAAUAUGUAUCGAAGAUCAAACUAUGGAUGUGUCUCAAAGGGCAACUGUGUAUCAUUAUGUACCCAUACAAAACAAGAUAUGUACAUGUACUUUUGGAAAUGUAUGUAUGCAGAUGCAUUUGUGUUUAUUCAAGGAAAAAUAUGAAGGUCAAGACCAAACUGUGUUUGAGGGAAAUGUUUUGUUGUUCUUGAGGUCUUUCUCCCAUCCAAAUAUUUUUGAAAAAUAAAGCCGGCGUGCAUAAUUAUUUUUUCUUCCUAUUUGACACACAGUUAAGUAAUUGUCUGCUGUGCGUUGCAGUGAAAUAACUUUAAUAAAAAUACGAAUUGAAAUGGUAGAAAUAAGAAACUUGUUUCCAGAAAAGACAAUAACUUUGUGAUUACUUUUAUUCUGACAGCAUCACAAACAUACGAUUGAUGGCUUUUUCCAAUUAUUGUCCAUGGACAGACUCCCAGCCAUUGUGAGCUGUAACUGGCCCACAACUUUGAUGAGAAAUUAAAUAUUUAUUACAUCCAA